AAUAUGAAGACCAACUGCAACGUGACUGUUGUUUGGAUGGCAUGAGGGACACCCCAGUUUCAUACACCUGUGAGAGGCGCAGUGAGUACAUCACGGACAGUGCAGCCUGUGUGGAGGCCUUCCUGCACUGCUGCAAGGAGAUGGAAAGCCAGCGAGCUGAGAGGAAAGAGGAAAACCUCCAACUGGCUCGCAGUCAUGAGGAUGACAAUUAUAUGGAGAGCAAUGAAAUUGUGUCUCGCACCAAGUUCCCUGAAAGUUGGCUAUGGACAGAUAUCAUACUGCCUCGUUGUCCUGGUGGAAGACUGAACUGUGACACCACAUCAGCUGAGAAAGAAUUUCCCUUGCAAGACUCAAUCACAACCUGGCAGUUCAUUGGCAUUAGUCUGUCAAGAACUCACG